UUGUUAUUGUGGUGUUCAGUUGAUCAAUCGUCAUGCCACAAAGGGGCAGCACAUGGAGGCAAUUGCUGGGACUGCUCUGUCUCAGUUUGUACUGGAGGGCAAGUACAGCUGGAUAUUUGGAGGAUAAUUUCCCAGCCAACUCCAUUGAGGAUGCGUCUCUUACAACGCUGCAAUUGUUGGCCAAGUACAAGUAUCCGGCGGAAAGGCAUUCGGUGACCACCGAGGAUAAAUACGUGCUGCAGAUGCACCGCAUUGCGAGACCAGGAGCCAAGCCGGUUCUCCUUAUGCACGGACUGCAAGACAGCUCCUCCACUUGGAUUAUAAUGGGUCCACAGAGCGGAUUGGGUUACUUUCUCUACGAUGCUGGCUACGAUGUCUGGAUGGGCAACGCCAGAGGAAAUCGCUACUCACGCAGCCAUGUCAAGUUGAACCCCAGUACGGAUAAGGUGUAUUGGAGUUUCUCCUGGCAUGAGAUUGGCCUGUACGAUCUGCCGGCCAUGAUUGAUGCCGUGCUGGCCAAGACGGGCUACAAGAAGCUGAGCUAUAUCGGCCACUCCCAGGGCACCACUUCCUUCUUUGUGAUGGCCUCGAGUCGCACGGAUUACAAUGAGAAGGUGCUUGUGAUGCAGGCUCUGGCUCCCGUGGCAUUCACGACCCACAUAAAGACUCCUCUACGUAAUUUGGCAAGUUCCAGCUUGAAUAUUCUCGGGGAGAACUAUGAGGUGCUGCCCCACUCGGACUUGGCACUCACCCAGUGCAUGUCAUCCGCGAUCCGACUGCAAACCUGCCUCUACUACAUAGGUCUGAUUCUGGGCAAGAAUCCGGCCGAGGUCAAUAGGACUAUGCUGCCUGUGAUCCUGGGUCAAUUACCCGCUGGCUCCAGUGCCAAACAGUUCAAACAUUAUCUCCAGCUCCAUGAAUCGGAUCGAUUUUGUCAGUAUGAUUUUGGCAAGGUUAACCAAAGGAUCUAUGGACGUAGCACACCUCCGGAUUAUGCCUUGGAGCGCAUAACGGCGCCAGUUGGCUUGUAUUACGCCCAGAAUGAUUUCCUAGCUGCUGUUGAGGAUGUUCACCGUUUGGCCAAGCGACUGCCCAAUGUCGUGGUGAAUCACAUGUAUCCCAACAAGAAAUUCAACCAUGUCGACAUGGUCUGGGGCAUCAGUUCCCGACGCAUUGCCCAGCCAAAAUUUCUAGAGGUGAUGCAGCUCUGGGAAGCAGGCGGACCACAAAAUUUAACAAGUCCCGAUGGGGUUUCUACUCCGUCUGUAAAAAUUCUGGAUGAGGAGCAGAAGGAAGAUCAAGAGGCGAUGGAGAAUUAUGUAAAGUAAUCAGCGCCUUAUCUUAAAUGGUGUUGGUUUUAAUGAUAUAUUUAACACAUUAAAUAUAUGCAUCUAUUUUGUUGAUAGAAAGCA